AAAAAGAAACUCGGAAUCAAAAAAUUCAAUGCAAAUUGCAAAGACGUGUUGAGCUGUUUCCCUUUCUUAUUCCACUUUCCAUUUACCUCGUAGUAUAAGUGCUUGUGUCUCAGAAAUUUGUAUUAGGUUUGUGUUGAUACCCCGUUUAUUGCAAAGGUUGUAGAGUUGGGUGGAACCUGUUCUCUCUCUCUCUCUCUCUCUCUCUCUCUGCCAAUGUCACAAUGGUGUAGCGACGCUUUGCUUUGCUUUCACCACGCGUCUCUCACCAUUAUCAUUCCUCUUUCCAUUUUCCCUUUUCCGACAAUGACAUUUAACUCCUAGUCCCUUUUUCUUCUUCUUCUUCUUCUUCUUCUUCUUCUUCCUCCAUUUAAGGUUUUGGUGUUUCUGGUUAGUUUCGUCAGAGAGAUCAGGGUCCUCCAAAAAAGACAAAAAUAUAUACUAAAAAUGGCACCUUUGUUCAGCUGGGGUGCGAAAGAGAGCCACCGUGGAACACCGGUGGUGGUGAAGAUGGAGAACCCAAACUGGUCCAUGGUGGAGCUCGAGGGUCCUUCCGACGAAGACUUGAUCAUUGGUGGUGGUGGUGAACAUUCGAGUCGCGCAGGGGAAAAAAGAAGAGGCAAAAACGCAAAGCAACUCACCUGGGUUCUUCUCCUUAAAGCACAUAAAGCCGCCGGUUGUUUAGCCUCCGUAGCACCGGCAUUGUACGUCCUGGCCUCCGCCGUGAAGCGCCGCGUGGCCUCCGGAAGAACAGACGAGGACGCAGACUCCGGCGGCAGGGAGAACGAGAACCCAACGGUGAAGAGCAGAUUCUACUCUUUCAUCAAGGUUUUUCUGUGGCUUUCGGUGGCACUCUUGUGUUUUGAAAUUGCUGCGUAUUUGAAAGGGUGGCAUUUGGGUUCUCCAAGUCUUCAGUUGGAAUUUUAUUUGCUUUGGUCACCUUCUUUUGGAGUGAAGGAUUUCUUCGAUUGGCUUUAUUCUCGGUGGGUUUUGGUUCGUGUGGAGUACCUUGCUCCACCUCUUCAGUUUCUCGCCAAUGUGUGUAUUAUUCUCUUUAUCAUUCAGAGUUUCGAUAGGCUUCUUCUCUGCUUGGGUUGUUUCUGGAUCCGAUUUAAGAAGAUCAAACCCAUCCCCAAAGAUGCACCUCUGGAUCUUGAAUCUGGAGAGAAAGGUUACUUCCCCAUGGUGCUUGUUCAGAUCCCCAUGUGCAAUGAGAAAGAGGUUUACCAGCAAUCUAUUGCGGCCGUGUGCAAUUUGGAUUGGCCAAAGUCCAAGUUGUUGAUUCAGGUGCUUGAUGAUUCUGAUGACCCAACAACGCAGUUGCUGAUCAAGGAGGAGGUGCAAAAAUGGCAACAUGAGGGUGCCAACAUUUUCUACCGCCAUCGCGUCAUUAGGGAUGGUUACAAGGCUGGGAACCUGAAAUCCGCCAUGAAUUGUAGCUAUGUCAAGGACUAUGAGUUCGUUGCAAUCUUUGAUGCUGACUUUCAACCCACACCAGAUUUCCUUAAGAGAACAGUUCCUCAUUUUAAGGAUAAUGAGGAACUAGCACUUGUUCAAGCAAGAUGGUCUUUUGUGAAUAAGGAUGAGAACCUGUUAACCAGGUUGCAGAACAUUAACCUAUCAUUCCAUUUCGAGGUGGAGCAACAAGUCAAUGGCAUUUUCAUUAAUUUCUUUGGCUUCAAUGGCACUGCUGGGGUGUGGAGAAUCAAGGCCUUGAAUGAUGCUGGUGGUUGGUUGGAGAGAACCACUGUUGAGGACAUGGACAUUGCUGUUAGAGCUUAUCUCCAUGGCUGGAAAUUUAUCUUCCUCAAUGAUGUUGAGUGCCAGUGCGAGUUACCAGAAUCUUAUGAAGCUUAUAGGAAACAACAACAUAGAUGGCAUUCUGGGCCAAUGCAAUUGUUCCGCCUUUGUUUGCCUGACAUCAUACGGGCCAAGAUAAGCAUAUGGAAGAAAUUCAAUAUGAUAUUCCUAUUCUUCCUUCUUAGAAAGCUUAUAUUGCCCUUCUAUUCAUUUACCCUUUUCUGCAUAAUUCUACCCAUGACAAUGUUCGUGCCCGAAGCUGAGCUUCCUUUUUGGGUUGUUUGCUACAUACCUGCCACAAUGUCAUUCCUCAACAUUCUUCCAGCUCCCCGAGCCUUCCCUUUCAUUGUUCCCUAUCUCCUAUUUGAGAACACAAUGUCUGUUACAAAAUUCAAUGCCAUGAUCUCCGGACUAUUCCAGCUCGGCAGUGCUUACGAGUGGGUGGUCACCAAGAAAUCGGGUCGUUCCUCUGAGGGUGAUCUAGUCUCACUGAUUGAAAAAGGACCAAAGCCUCAAAGAGGGUCCUCUGAACCUGAUCUUGAGGAAAUGAAAGAGGAAAUGCGGAGGCAGGAGCAAAAAGCUGCCAAGAAGAAGAAGCACAACAGAAUAUAUAUGAAGGAGCUUGCAUUGGCUUUCCUACUUCUAACAGCCGCAACAAGGAGUCUCCUUUCUGCACAGGGAAUCCACUUCUACUUCUUGCUAUUCCAGGGUAUAUCAUUCCUUUUGGUUGGUUUAGACUUGAUUGGUGAACAGGUAGACUAAAGUGACAGGAUUCUGUACUAUGUAGAGAGACACAUGCAUGAAAUUUCAUACACGGAAAAACAAGGGUGGACAAUGAGGCCCCCUAUGGUACGAAUCAACCCAAGAAAAAUACACUUUAUGGAAUGGAGGCAGUGAGAGGAGGACCCCAGAGUGCUUCGUAUCAUGCACAUGCUCAUGUUUCACCCUCCAAGAAUUCCACCAACUGCAAGACUAUACUGUGCUACGUUCGAGAGAAAUAAACAAUAUAUGAUGGGGGAACGGGUACAUUAGAACCCCGGUUAGGGCCUUUGAUUCAAUGUGUAAGUUCACCCUUAUUUCUUUUAUUCAUUUUUGUAAUUUUAUGUGGAUUCUUUCUUGCCAGAUCAAUUCUUUUGUUACAAAA